CGUUUUCAUAUGGAGAGCCAGAAUCACCUAAAGGAGAUGCGAGAAAAGCAGGAAAGGUCAAAUAUAUGGCUUUCGGAGAAGCAGAAACAGGACGAACAGGAAUUUGAGGAAGGUACUACUUGCUUGAGCAUGAGGAGUUUGUGAUGACGUCAAGGUUUUUAAGGUCUUUGGAUUAAUUUGCAAUACUUUUCUUGCUCUAGUUUGAUUUGGACUUCAAAUAUCAGAAGUGAACAUUCUCGUCAAUCCACCUUCUCAACAUUGAUUUUCUCAAUCACUGUAGCACGACGAAAGAUGCGACAAGACGAGCGGGAGAGCAGGAGAAAAAACGCUUCGGUAGGGCUCGCUGGAUUAGAUAAGGGAGAGACGCUAGAGGCGGGACCUGUUGUGCGAAAGAAGGUGGGUGUUGUUUUCCGCAAAGUCGAUGAAAAGAGUGCAGCUAAGAAUGAACCUAUUGGACCGAAAGGAGCACUUUCCAUUUUUCGAAGAGGUGACACGAUCGCAAAGAACCAACGGGGAGGAGGGGACAUUAAAAGCACAGAAAAUGGGCAGCGAGUUGCACCAGCGGGGGAGACCACUAGAGAACGAAGUCCAAGACGAGAGGACAGCGCAAAAGCAGCGGCUCUUUUGGCGGGAUAUAGCGACAGUUCUGAUGAUGACGGAUAAAUUAAGACUUUUUGAUCCCUUUCCUUUUCCAGAUUGCACACUAUGAGCUCUGAUCAUAUGACCCAAGAACACACGCAACGAACAAAAAUAUGAUUCACCCUACAACGACCUUUUUGCUCAUUCUCCCGACUCACCGCGCGCGCAAUCCAUGUUUAUCUGCAGUCUCUGUCUGACAGCGGCGUACGCC